GAACACCCGCGCGGUGUAGGCGGAGCUCCCCGCCCCUCAGCGUGGCGGGGCUGAGGGCGGGCCGGGACGUGCGGCUCCGCACGGCUGGGCCCAGCGCUACGGAGGGGCGGCCUGCGCUCCGCCUGCCCUCAGGCCGACGCAUCGAAGCGCUGCCCAUGAGUCUGGCUCUGUGUGCCGCCCGCAGGCUGGUGCGCGGUGCUCUGAAACCUGCUGCAAAGAAACUCGACUUCUGCUGCGAAAUGGCUCGGCCGAGUUCGAAUAUGGCUGAUUUCCGAGAAGUGUUUGCCAAAGCGAAGCACAUCGCCAUCAUUACCGGUGCCGGUGUGAGCGCCGAGAGCGGUGUUCCUACCUUCAGAGGAGCCGGAGGUCUCUGGAGAAAGUGGCAAGCACAGGAGUUGGCCACUCCCGGGGCGUUUGCACGUAACCCUUCUCGCGUGUGGGAAUUCUAUCAUUACCGCCGCGAGGUCAUGCUGAGUAAACAUCCCAACGCUGCACAUAUCGCCAUCGCUGAGUGUGAAAAGCGACUGAGGAAACAAGGCAGGAGCGUGGUGGUCAUCACCCAGAAUAUUGAUGAACUGCACAGGAAGGCAGGCACAAAGCACCUCCUAGAAAUUCAUGGAAGCUUAUUUAAAACUCGAUGCACCAACUGUGGAAAUGUGACUGCAAAUUACAAGAGUCCGAUCUGCCCAGCGUUGGCUGGGAAAGGGGCUCCGGAUCCAGAAAUAGAAGAUGCCACAAUUCCAGUUGAAGAACUUCCUCAGUGCGAGGAAGACGGCUGUCAUGGCCUUCUUCGUCCCCACGUUGUGUGGUUUGGUGAAGCCCUGGAUCCAGAUGUUCUCUCAGAGGUGGAGAAGGAGCUCGAACUGUGCGACCUCUGCUUGGUGGUGGGCACCUCCGUGGUGUACCCCGCCGCCAUGUUCGCCCCCCGCGGUGUCGUCCGCGGGGUGCCGGUGGCAGAAUUCAACACGGGCACUCCCGCUACAGACAGGUUCAGGUUCCACUUCCAGGGCCCAUGUGGAAGCACGCUGCCGCCUGCCUUAGCCCGCCACGAGUCCGAGAUCAUCGCCUGAGGCGGGGCGGGGCG